AUGCCGCAACCAUGCCUCUCAUUUUUGGAACAGUGUAUCUACUCUCUCAUUGACAUUGGACAACUGGAAAGGUCCCAGACUGUCCUUAUCCACGCUGCAUCCGGGGGUGUAGGGAUUGCUGCCAUCCAGAUCUGCCAAAUGCUUGGAGCGACCAUUUACGCAACCGUAGGCAGCGACGAGAAAGCCGAACAUCUCAUGAAAACCUAUACUAUUCCACGAGAGCAUAUAUUUAAUUCUCGAGAUUCCUCAUUCCUCCCUGGAGUAAUGAAGGCAACCAAUGGCCGCGGUGUUGAUAUCGUGCUGAACUCGCUUUCUGGAGAGCUGUUCCGUGCUUCAUGUGAAUGUGUCACUGACUGUGGUAAAUUGAUAGACCUUACUAAAAAAGAUCGUCCCAGGGGUGCACAGCCUGCUAUGCUGUUGCGCUCAAACGCUGUGUAUGCAGCUGUCGAUUUGACGGAUUAUGUCAGGCUAAGGCCAGAGAAAUGCAAACAACUUCUCCAGAGGAUUUUAGGCCUCUACACACAAGGUUAUAUCUGCCCUGUUCGUCCGGUUCAGACAUUUGCGGCAGACUCAGUGGUCGGUUGCCUCCGAUAUAUGCAGAGCGGCCGGCAUGUUGGCAAACUCCGGAUCUCAUUCAAUAGCCCGGGGAAGCAGCUAGAGCCCUCAUUCCCUCAAGAGUCUAUGACUUUCCGCAGUGACGCUACCUAUCUGCUCGUAGGGGGCUUAGGAGGGCUGGGUAAGGGAAUCGCACGGUGGAUGGCCGAACAUAAUGUGAAAAACUUGAUGUUUUUGUCUCGAAGCGCAGGGGCUACUGUGCCAAACCAAGAGCUUUUCUGUGAGCUCGAGAGUCAAGGGUGUUCCGUAACUGUUGUCCAAGGAAACAUCUGCAAUGUGACUGAUGUUGAAACUGCGAUUUCAUCGGCACCAAUGCCACUGAAGGGAAUUAUCAAUCUUUCCAUGGUGCUAGAAGAUAAAUCGCUACUGCAGAUGUCUCUGGACGAAUGGAACACUGCCACAGGACCAAAAGUGCAAGGCACUUGGAAUUUGCACAAGGUGUCCGCGGGUCUCGACCUUGACUUCUUUAUGCUUCUCAGCUCCAUGUGUGGUAUUCUUGGUAUGCCUGGUCAGGCCAGCUACGCUUCAGCAAACACAUUUAUGGACUCAUUUGUCCAAUAUCGUCACAGUCUUGGCUUGCUUGCAUCUGUCAUCGACCUUGGUGCAGUUGACGGCAUUGGUCACGUUGCUGACAACCCGCAAGUCCUGGAACGUUCCAAGUGGAUGAAGCACCUCAUCAUGAGCCAGGAAGAGCUAUUUAGCACUGAAAAUGUCAUUGAUCAAUCGACGGGUCAAAAUCAACUGAGCCAUUUUGUUGCUGCGGUAGCCGCGGAGCCCAGCAAUUUAACCGAGCCUUCUGCUGGUGAAUUUAUUUCCAAGCAGAUCGCGCACUAUGUCUUCGAUCUCAUGUUGAAGCCCGUCGAUGAUGAUUCCGAGAUUGACCUCUCGCGCUCACUGUCCGAUGUUGGUGUUGAUAGUCUUGCUGCGGUAGAAGUACGAUCUUGGUUGAAGUCCACCAUUGGACUCGACAUCAGUGUCCUGGAAAUCAUGUCAUUGGCUAGCUUUGUUGCACUUGGAGAUCUCGCACUUCGGGGACUGAGGCAGAGGUUUGCCUCGAAAGAAUAA